AUGAUGUUGACGACCAAAGACAUCUUCGCCGUCUUCGAGAGCCUGCGCAGCGUGAAGGCCUUUGGAGAGCGCAGCACGGACCCGGGCCAGGCCACAGCCGCGCUCAUGGAGCUGGUGAGCACUGACUCGGACUUUGCCAGCGGGCAUCUCUUCUGGCAGAACAUCUACCGGCUUUGGCAGGAGCCCAACGGGGUCUUCUAUGGCGAUUGA